AUGGCCUCCAUCACCAUCCUCUACCCGACCGGCCCUGCCUUCGACCUCGAGUACUACAUCCAGACGCACAUGCCCCUCGCCGCCGCGUCGUGGAAGCAGCUCGGCCUGCGCGGCUGGGAAGUCGUCCAGUUCGUCGAGGGGCCGUACCAAAUCCAGUGCAUCCUCAGAUUCGACAGCCUCGCCGCGUGGGAGGCCGCCUCGACGGGGCCCGUGUUUGAGAACUUGGUGGCCGAUAUUCCCAGGUUCACGGCUGCGCAGCCGCUCAUAAUCAGCGGGGAGUCCAGGGCUUCUGACAAGUUUUGA